AUGCGGUACGUGGUUCGCAGGAGCCGAGCCGCCGCCACCAUUCUGCCCGCGCAGCACCACCAGCUGGGGGCGGCAGCGACGCCAUGGGCCGCCGCCCACCAUCACCUGUCGUCCGACGACAUGCCGCACAAAGGUCACAGCGGUGUGAACCAGCUAGGAGGGGUGUUCGUCAGCGGCCGGCCCCUGCCAGACUCGACGCGCCAGAAGAUCGUCGAGCUCGCCCACUCGGGCGCUAGGCCCUGCGACAUCUCGCGCAUCCUCCAGGUGUCCAACGGCUGCGUGUCCAAAAUUCUAGGCAGCAGGUACUACGAGACGGGCUCCAUCCGGCCGCGAGCCAUAGGCGGGUCCAAGCCGCGGGUCGCGACCGCCGAGGUGGUCGGCAAGAUCUCCCAGUACAAGCGCGAGUGCCCGUCCAUCUUCGCGUGGGAGAUCCGCGACCGACUGCUCCAGGAGGGCGUCUGCACCAACGACAACAUACCGAGCGUGUCUUCCAUCAACCGCGUGCUGCGCAACCUGGCGUCGCAGAAGGAGCAGCAGCAGCAGCAGCAGCAGCAGUCGCCGCCCAUGCCGUCGCCGGCGGACUCGGUGUACGACAAGCUGCGCAUCCUCAACGGGCAGGCGGCCUGGCCGCGCCCCAACCCCUGGUACCCCACGACGGGGGGGUCUCCCUUCCCCUCGCUGCAGCCAAGCGGCCUGAGUCCCAGCCACGCGGCCGCCGCGGGCUGCACGGUGCUGGCAGACCCGGACCACGACGCAGACGUGCACGCCAAGAAGGUGGCGGAGCUGGACGGCGCGCCGUCGGACGAGACCAACUCGGGCGGCGACAACUCCAACGCCGGGUCCAGCGCCGGCGACGACCAGGCGAGGCUCCGGCUCAAGAGGAAGCUGCAGAGGAACCGCACCUCCUUCACCAACGAGCAGAUCGACAGCCUGGAGAAGGAGUUCGAGAGGACACACUACCCGGACGUGUUCGCGCGAGAGAGGCUGGCGGCGAAGAUCGGCCUUCCUGAAGCGCGCAUACAGGUGUGGUUCUCAAAUCGGCGCGCGAAGUGGCGCCGCGAGGAGAAGCUGCGCAACCAGCGCCGCUCUGCGGAGACGCCCGGAAGCUCGCCUCCGCGCCUGCUGAACGGCGCGUCCUUCGCGGGCGCCAUGUACCCCAGCAUCGCGGCUCCCAUCAGCAUGGCCGACUCCUACAGCUCGAUGGGAACUGUGCCCAGCUUCAGCAUGUCGGCGACGCACCACCACCACCACCACCAGGUCGGGGGCGGCGGAGGAGGGGCGGUGCCCGGCGGCGGCGGCGGGGGCGGCGGGGUCAUGGGCCAGGGCCCGGCGUCGUGCCUGCAGCAGCGGGACGCAGCAGCCGCCGCCGCCGCCGGCUACCCCUGCAUGGCGAGGCCCACCGCCGCCUACGACCCUCUGGGGCUGGGCGCGUACGGCGGCCGGCCGUCUCCCUGCAGCCCGCCGCAGCCCUACCAGGCCGUCAACGGCCACCAGUACGGCGGCGGCGGCUCGUCCACAGGCCUGAUAUCGCCGGGGGUGUCCGUGCCCAUCGCAGUGCCCGGGCAGGCUCCGGACAUGACGGCCCAGUACUGGCCGCGGCUGCAGUGACAGUGGUGGAACUAAGUCCGCGAGUGCGCCUUCCCGUCACGCUCAAGUCUCCGUCACACUCACCAUGUUGGUUCAACUG